UGUAUUUGACGUGAUGAUGGUGAAUUUCAAGUGGUGCUGAUAAUAAGAGCUGCUCAUGGGGAAUUUUCUCGGUGGCUUUGUAUUGCCGCUGCUUCUUUUAGCAGCUGCUUUUAUCAACUGGAGCUUGAUGUCUCUUGUUGAUUUGAUAGCUUUCCUUCUAAUUCAAUACAAUGCUCCGAAAUUAGGAUAUCACUUUCAAAGGAGGUCAUUAUUAUUAUGGCCUGUUAUCAUUUUCUCUUUACUUGUUCUUCUUUCUGAAGUGAUACAUCUUGUUAUAUGGGCCAUUACGAGAAAUAAAUGGAGUAUCGCAGAUGCUUGGUGGGCGAAGCUGGUUGGAUUGAUGAUAAUCCAAUCAUGGAAAUCUCCAAUGAUUUAUUUCUUGGCUGUGCAACUUUCAGCUGCCGCUGUUGCUUUAGUUGAUUUGCAUGGAAAUAAAUUUGGUUUGGUAUCAUGGCGUGAUUCAUGUUGGGGUCAUUUCUUAUCAGCAGUUAAACAUUUAGUCUGUUCUCAUCUUAGGGUUGCUUCCUGCUUGCUGUUGCCUUUAAUUCAGCUGAUUGUGGGAAUUAGCCAUCCCACAUGGGUUUCCCUACCAUUUUUUAUUGGAAGCUGUGUUGGUCUUGUAGAUUGGUCUUUGACGAGCAAUUUUCUAGGACUUUUCAGGUGGUGGAGGCCUUUGCAACUGUAUGCAGGGUUCAACAUUGUCCUGCUUUAUGUGUAUCAGCUACCUAUCAAGUUUCCAAACAUGUUAAAAUGGGUAGCUGAGUUCAUUGGUUUAUUCAAAAUUACGGCAAAUUCCGAUUGGACUGAAAUUUGCUCAAGUAUCUCUCUUGUAAUUUUCUACAUCAUGCUCUCCUAUGUCAAAUGUGAUUUGGAAGAAAUGGAUUUUAUUCUGUCAAUGAGAGAAAGUAACUUGACAGAGCAGCUUCUUCCUUCGAAGCAUUCAUUUUUUAUUCGUCAAUAUAGAUCUGGUGGGAGGCAUACCAAUGUUUUAUUGAGAGGAGCAGUUUUUCGGACAUUUAGCAUCAACUUUUUCACGUAUGGUUUCCCGGUGUCCUUAUUUGCCCUUUCCUUUUGGAGUUUCCAUUUCGCAAGUGUGUGCGCUUUUGGGUUACUUGCAUACGUUGGCUACAUCUUAUACACCUUCCCUUCGUUGUUCCGUUUGCAUCGGUUGAACGGCUUGCUUCUAGUCUUCAUUCUCCUAUGGGCUGUCAGCACAUAUAUUUUCAAUGUAGCAUUCACUUUUUUGAAUUUGAAACUUGGGAAGGACAUGGAGAUAUGGGAAAUGGUCGGGUUGUGGCACUAUUCCAUUCCUGGAUUCUUCUUGCUUGCACAAUUUUGUCUUGGAAUAUUAGUUGCCCUGGGUAAUCUUGUGAACAACUCAGUUUUUCUCUACUUGUCUGAUGAGGACAGACAAUCUUCAAAUGACAACGAUGGCGUAAGAGGGCAGGAAGAGACCAAGGUAUUGAUUGUGGCCACAAUCGCAUGGGGACUUCGAAAAAGCUCUCGGGCUAUUAUGCUGGCACUAAUAUUCCUCAUUUCCAUGAAACCUGGUUUUAUCCAUGCUGUAUAUUUGAUAUUCUUCUUGAUAUAUCUUUUGAGCCACAACAUCAACAGAAAGAUUCGCCAAUCAUUGAUUCUUCUAUGUGAGGCUCACUUUGCGCUGUUAUACAUUCUUCAGAUUAAUUUGAUCUCCAAUAAUUUGGAGCGAAAAGGCUCUUUGAGUAUGGAGGUCCUCUCACAGUUAGGUCUUCUCAAACCUGAAAGCUCCUGGGAUUUCUUGGAAGUGGCGUUACUUGGUUGCUUUUGUGCAAUUUACAAUCAUGGUUUCGAUAUGCUCUUUUCUUUCUCAGCAAUUGUGCAGCAUACCCCUAGCCCUCCUAUUGGAUUCAGUAUUUUGAAAGCUGGCUUGAACAAAUCUGUAUUGUUGUCAGUAUAUUCCUCAUCAUCCACCACGUACAGUCGUGAUAAUCGUUCUUAUGAAAGAAGAAUAGCAUCAUUCCUCAGUGCAAUUGGGCAGAAGUUUUUGUCUGUGUACCGAUCAUUUGGGACCUACAUUGCCUUUCUGACUAUCCUUUUUACAGUAUACCUGGUUAGGCCUAAUUAUGUAUCAUUUGGCUAUGUAUUCCUCCUUCUUGUUUGGAUCAUUGGAAGACAACUUGUUGAGAGAACAAAAAGACGCCUUUGGUUCCCAUUAAAAGCAUAUGCAAUCAUGGUGUUUAUCUUCAUUUAUAGCUUGAGCAGCUUCCCCAGCUUUGAGUUGUGGUUGUCCGGGUUUAUAGACCUUUAUUUCUAUCUAGGCUAUAACCCAGAAGUUUCAUCUUUGGAAAAUAUUUGGGAGUCUCUUGCAGUCUUGAUUGUCAUGCAACUUUACAGCUAUGAAAGGAGACAGAGCAAGUAUAACAGGUCUGACAAUCCUGACAUGUCAGAAUUUGGAAUACUCGGUUUUAUAAGAAGGUUCCUAAUUUGGCACAGCCACAAGAUCUUGUUUGUUGCAGUAUUCUAUGCAUCUUUAUCUCCAAUUAGUGCGUUUGGCUUUCUAUAUCUGCUUGGCCUUGUCAUUUGUUUAACUUUGCCUAAAACUUCACACGUUCCAUCCAAAUCAUUCUUGGUUUACACAGGAUUUCUAGUAACAGCUGAAUAUCUUUUUCAGAUGUGGGGUAAGCAGGCUGGGAUGUUCCCUGGACAAAAGCACUCUAAUUUGUCUCUUUUUUUGGGUUUCCGUGUAUUUAAUCAUGGUUUUUGGGGGAUAGAAUCAGGCUUGAGAGGUAAAGUGCUGGUUGUUGCAGCAUGUACCCUUCAUUAUAAUGUUUUUCGUUGGUUGGAUCACAUGCCUAGUAUUCUUGUAAAUAAAGGGAAGUGGGGAGACCCUUGUCCAUUGUUUGUAUCAACAGAGGAUGAUGUCAAUGUUGUUUCUACUUCUGGCGAGGAAAAUAUACCGUCAUCAAAUUCUGGAGGAUACUCCGCAAAACGAGUUCAAAUGACAAGCAAUUCGUCAUUUUUGUCCCCUGGUCGGUCUCAAUCAGAUAAUAAUUUGUCUGCUAAAGCAAGAGACUCUGAAGGUAGCGGCAGUAGAAGAUAUUCAUUUGGAUAUAUUUGGGGAAGCACAAAGGAAAGUCACAAGUGGAACAAGAAGCGAAUAGUUGCCUUGAGAAAGGAAAGAUUUGAAACACAGAAGACUCUCUUGAAAAUCUAUUUGAAAUUCUGGAUGGAGAACAUGUUUAACCUCUUUGGUCUUGAGAUAAACAUGAUUGCAUUGCUUCUUGCGAGCUUUGCUUUGUUGAAUGCCUUUUCUAUGCUGUACAUUGCAUUGCUUGUGGCGUGUGUGCUUUUGGAUAGGAGGGUUAUACAUAAAUUAUGGCCUGUAGUUGUCUUUUUGCUUGCUUCAAUUCUUAUCCUUGAAUACUUUGCCAUUUGGAAGACUAUGUGGCCUUCAAAUCAACCAACUGGGAGUGAUGUACAGUGCCAUGACUGCUGGAGAAUUUCACACCAACACUUCAGCUACUGCAAGAACUGUUGGCUAGGACUUAUCAUUGAUGAUCCCCGAAUCUUGAUCAGCUAUUUCAUCAUUUUCAUGCUUGCUUGUUUCAAAUUCCAUGCUGAUCAUGUAUCCAGCCUCUCAGGAUCAUCAACUUAUCGGCAGAUGUUGUCUCAGCGCAAAAAUACAUUUGUCUGGAGAGAUCUAUCUUUCGAAACUAAGAGCAUGUGGACCUUCCUUGACUACCUCAGGCUUUACUUGUAUUGUCAUUUGUUAGACCUUGUUCUUAUUUUGAUCUUAAUUACUGGAACGCUCGAGUAUGAUAUUCUGCACCUUGGUUAUCUUGCUUUUGCUCUGAUUUUCUUUCGACUGAGGCUUGAAAUAUUAAAGAAGAGGAACAAGAUAUUCAGGUUCUUGCGCAUAUACAACUUUACUGUAAUUGUUCUCUCUCUUGCAUAUCAGUCUCCAUUUGUGGGGGAAUUCAGUUCUGGAAAGUGUGAGACUCUAGAUUAUAUAUAUGAGAUGAUUGGAUUUUACAAGUAUGAUUAUGGGUUUCGAAUUACUGCAAGAUCAGCUCUUGUUGAAAUUGUUAUAUUUAUGCUGGUAUCACUUCAGUCAUAUAUGUUCUCUUCUCAAGAGUUUGAUUAUGUGUCUCGUUAUCUUGAAGCAGAGCAAAUUGGUGCCAUUGUGCAUGAGCAAGAAAAGAAAGCAGCUUGGAAAACUGCACAAUUGCAACUUAUCCGUGAAUCUGAGGAGAAGAAACGCCAGCGUAACCUGCAAGUGGAAAAGAUGAAAUCAGAGAUGUGGAACCUGCAAGUCCAACUUGACAACAUUAACUCAGUCCCAGCUGCGAAUUAUGGUUGCACCUCUCCUCGUAGUGAAGGCCUAAGGAGGAGGAGUACUUCUCUUGCUUCUAACACUGAUGCAGAAACCCCUCAGAGAGAAGGAAUUAUAUUGAACCAGAAGCGGACAAUUGAAGUAGAUUUAGUAUUUCCUUUUGAAUUUCAUGAAUCUCCUGCUGCAGUGAACACCGAAAUUUCGACAGAAACAGAGUCCACGAAGCGAAUGGAGUCUCUUCAUUGUGAGAUCACUGAAGUUGAAGCAGAUCUUGCUGAUAAGCCACUUUUGGACUUAGAGCACAAAAACAAAGGUAAAGGCCAAGUAAAAGAAAACCCAUUGAAAUCUGCAGUGCAACUUUUGGGUGAUGGUGUUUCACAGGUACAAUCAAUUGGAAAUCAGGCAGUUAAUAACCUUGCAAGUUUCUUGAAUAUUGCUCCGGAAGAAUCUGAUUUGAAUGACCAUUCAUCUUCUGAGGAUAAAAUAUAUGAUGAGAUGGAGAGCCAAAAAACAAAAUACACGUCUUUGGGCCGUUCAUCUUCCCUGCAAUCUGAUACAAGUUCUGAUGCCACAAGUCUUCAAUUAGGAAGGAUCUUUCGUCACAUUUGGUCCCAAAUGCAAUCAAAUAAUGACAUUGUGUGUUAUUGUUGCUUUGUACUUGUCUUCCUCUGGAACUUCAGUUUACUUUCUAUGGUUUAUCUUGGAGCUCUCUUCUUGUAUGCACUAUGUGUGAAUACUGGUCCCAAUUAUAUCUUCUGGAUAAUCAUGCUAAUAUACACAGAAGUUUAUAUUUGGCUUCUGUACUUGUACCAGAUUAUCAUCCAGCACUGUGGGUUUAGGCUUGAUCCGCAACUUCUUCGUGAGUGGGGAUUUCCUACGCAUAAAACCAUGUCAUCCUUUGUUAUCAGUUCAUUGCCCCUCUUCCUUGUCUACUUGUUUACUCUGAUACAGAGUUCUAUCACUGUGAAAGAUGGAGAAUGGAUGUCUUCUACGGACUUCAAGUUCCGUAAGCGGAGUGCUUUUAUUGGAAAAGAGGUUCUUGUUACUUAUGAUUGGAGUGACAGAGUACUGGAGUUCAUGAACUUCAUAAGAAAUACGGCAAAAUUGAUAAUCAGGAGCUUGUUUAGGUACUGGGAAUCACUGACGCGCGGUGCAGAAACCCCUCCUUACUUUAUUCAGGUGUCUAUGGAUGUGCACUCAUGGCCAGAGGAUGGAAUUCAGCCUGAAAGGAUUGAAUCCGGAAUUAAUCAAGCACUUAGAACUGUCCAUGACGAGAGAUGCAAGGAAGUGAACCCUCAUCUUUGCCCUUUCGCUAGUAGGGUCCAUGUUCAAAGCAUUGAAAGAAGUCAAGAAAAUUCAAACUUGGCGUUGGUUGUUUUUGAAGUGGUAUAUGCCUCGCCUUUGACAAACUGUUCGUCAGCAGAAUGGUACAAGUCACUUACUCCAGCAGCUGAUGUAGCGAAAGAGAUUCUUGAAGCACAGAGAACUGAGCUUUUCAAAGAAAUGGGGUUUCCAUAUUCUGUAGUCUCUGUAAUUGGGGGAGGCAGAAGAGAAAUCGAUCUGUAUGCCUAUAUAUUUGGUGCAGAUUUGGCUGUAUUCUUUUUAGUCGCCAUUUUCUACCAAUCUGUUAUUAAAAAUAAGAGUGAAUUUCUUGAUGUGUAUCAGCUUGAAGAUCAGUUUCCUAAAGAGUUUGUGUUUAUCCUAAUGGUUAUCUUUUUCUUGAUUGUGCUCGAUCGGAUAAUCUACCUCUGUUCAUUUGCCACUGGAAAAGUUAUUUUCUACCUUUUCAACCUUAUCCUUUUCACAUAUGCAGUUACAGAGUAUGCUUGGCACAUGGAGCCUUCACAACAACAUGUUGGAGUACUAGCACUCCGUGUUAUAUUUCUUGCAAAAGCUGUUUCUCUUGCAUUACAGGCUAUACAAAUCCGAUAUGGAAUUCCUCAUAAAACCACCUUGUACCGGCAGUUUUUGACAAGUGAAACUUCACGUGUCAAUUACUUAUGUUAUCGGCUAUAUCGUGCUCUGCCAUUCCUCUAUGAACUGCGGUGUGUACUUGACUGGUCCUGCACAACAACUUCCUUGAUUAUGUAUGAUUGGCUAAAGCUGGAGGACAUAUAUGCAAGCUUGUACCUGGUCAAAUGCGAUACAGUCUUGAAUAAAGCGCAGCACAAACAAGGAGAAAAACAAACUAAAAUGACCAAGUGUUGCAAUGGCAUAUGUUUGUUUUUCAUCUUAAUCUGUGUUAUCUGGGCUCCCAUGCUGAUGUAUAGCAGUGGUAACCCAACAAACAUUGCAAAUCCCAUCAAAGAUGCUACUGUUCAGGUUGAUAUUAAGACUGUGAUUGGAAAGUUGACGCUGUACCAAACCACCCUCUGUGAAAAGCUUUCGUGGGAUGAUCUUGGUUCUGAUAUUAAUCUUGCUCCCAUUGUCUCUUUGGAUACAUAUAACAAGAAUGAUGUCCAGUUAAUAUGCUGCCAAGCUGAAUCUAAUACUCUAUGGCUCGUCCCUGAUCCGGUUCAGACCAGAUUCAUUCAGUCCCUUGACUCGGAUGUAACAAUGGACAUUUCUUUCACUUGGGUACUCUUUAGGGACAGACCAAAAGGCAAGGAAGUGGUGAAAAAUGUCUGGAAUGUCGAUCCUCAGGAUCUUCCAGAACGAGCAGAUGUUCAAAAGGUUCUUAAUGGCUCUACGAAGAGCUUUAAGAUAAAAAAUGCUUAUCCAAGAUGCUUUCGUGUCACCGGUUCUGGUGAGAUCAGACAAUUAGAAGAUCCUUCCGUUACUGGCAACCUUGUUAUGAAUCAAGCAAACAAUCAGUGGUGGUCUUUCCAUGAUAUUGAUGCAUCAAAUUUUAAAGGUUGUGAAGCUUUGACAGGACCAAUAGCGGUGAUAGUAUCUGAGGAAACACCACCAACUGGUAUUCUUGGCGAUACUCUUAGCAAGUUCAGCAUCUGGGGUCUCUACAUAACCUUUGUUCUUGCAGUAGGCCGCUUCAUCAGGCUUCAAUGCUCAGACUUACGGAUGAGAAUUCCCUUUGAGAACCUUCCUUCUUGUGAUAGGUUGAUUGCUAUCUGUGAGGACAUAUACGCGGCAAGAGCAGAGGGUGAACUUGGAGUUGAAGAGGUCCUUUACUGGACUUUGGUGAAGAUAUACAGGUCCCCACACAUGCUGCUCGAGUACACUCAAAUUGACUAGAAUCCUAACCCCAUGUGCCAUCAGCACUGCCAACUUUUCUUUCUACGGGCUCCGGUAUUCUAAUGCUAGGUUCGACCAAGCGACGAGUAUUGAUUUUUAGUGACCCGAAGCAACUAACACCAAGAUACAAUUGGAGAAAAAUAUACCGCAUCUCCAUUUUACAUCCACGGAAUACUAUUUGGCAGUGAUAGAUUAGAUUCUAUCCCUGGACGAUAUCUGGUUUCCAUGUUGCAGGCUUGUUCUAAAAUGUUCAUAAGAUUGCUGAUUUUAUCUAGAGUUGGUAGCCAUAGAAAAUGUAAACCUUCUCCUUUACUUUUUUUUUGCCAAUGUUUUGUGUAUAGUUACUUCAGCUUACAUAGUACAUUUGUAUUGAUCUUCUGAGCAUCAAUAGGAAAAAGUUGUGACGGUAUAAAGUUCUGGCUGCAAAU